GUCACUGGCGCGCGCCCGCGGGCGGGGGAGGCCCCGCGGGAGGGGGCGGGGCGACGCCUCAGAGCGGGGUAACGGGGCGACCGCGCCGGGCCUCCCGCCGCCGCCGAGGGGCCCGCGGAGGACGGUGCGGCCGGCCCGGCCCCAUCUCCUCCGUGAGUGCCGCCGCAGCCGGGGCAGCGGGGCCGCGGCCCCCCGGCUCGGGCCUCCGCCGGGCUCGGCGCGCUUCUCGCCGGCGGCUCCGCCGGGCGCGGCCCGCGGCCCGCCGAGGGCGCCGGGCUCGGGAGCCGGCCCGGGAAGCGGUAGCGGCUGCCGGCGGUUAGCGGAGAGCCCUGCCACCGCCGUUAGGUACCGCGGCGUCGCACGGGCUUGUGCCCCCGGGCUCCUCCGGCGGAUCCGCUUCGGUUCUCCACGGUCGUCUGCGGGACGCUGCGUUGUUAAAAAUGAAGAGAAGGGCAGAGCCAGAGUUUAACAGCCCGCAAAAGAAGCAGAAGAGGGUAGAAGACUUGGGAUUAACCCUCAGUUCUACUUCAGAUGAUGAAACUCAGUUUAGUAAUCAUAUGACUCAAGAGUCUUCUAGUAGCAGCAGUGGAUCUGAUAGUGAGAGUGAUGAAAAAAGGCCAGUCUUCAGCAAUGAGUUCAAGCAAGACUCUCUCGUGGAGGGUACUUCAUCCCGCUACUCUAUGUAUAACAGUGUCUCCCAGAAGCUCAUGGCCAAGAUGGGCUUCCGUGAAGGAGAAGGUCUGGGAAAAUAUAGCCAAGGCAGAAAGGAUAUUGUUGAGGCCUCCAGUCAGAAGGGAAGGAGAGGCUUUGGACUGACCCUCAAAGGGUUUGAUGGGGAGCUGAAUGUUGACUGGCAGGAUGAACCAGAGCCCAGUGCCUAUGAGGAGGUGGACUGGUGCCCAGGCUGCACCACAGAAAUCCCUGAUGCCCAGGAGUUGAAGGAGUGGAUGACUGUGGGGAAGAGGAAGAUGGUGAUUGAAGAUGAAACGGAGUUCUGCAGCGAAGAGCUUUUACGUAAUGUCCUGCAGUGCAAGAGUGUAUUUGAUGAGCUGGAUGGCGAAGAAAUGCGUCGAGCUCGGACGAGAUCUAAUCCCUAUGAGAUGAUCCGUGGAGUCUUCUUCCUAAACAGAGCUGCAAUGAAGAUGGCAAAUAUGGACCAUGUCUUUGACUACAUGUUUACAAAUCCAAAGGACUUCCGUGGGAGGCCCUUGAUAAAGGAGCGAGAUGCAGAGCUGCUUUACUUUGCUGAUGUGUGUGCUGGCCCCGGGGGCUUCUCUGAGUACGUCCUGUGGAGGCGGAAGUGGCAUGCAAAAGGAUUUGGCAUGACCUUGAAAGGACCAAAUGACUUUAAACUAGAGGAUUUCUAUUCUGCCUCCAGUGAGCUCUUUGAACCUUACUAUGGGGAAGGAGGGAUUGAUGGAGAUGGAGACAUCACCCGCCCAGAGAACAUCACUGCUUUCCGGAAUUUUGUUUUGGACAAUACUGAUCGGAAGGGAGUGCAUUUCUUAAUGGCUGACGGGGGCUUCUCUGUGGAGGGACAGGAGAAUCUGCAAGAAAUCCUAAGCAAACAGCUGAUGCUCUGCCAGUUCCUUACAGCACUGUCUGUUGUCCGGACAGGAGGACAUUUUGUCUGCAAAACCUUUGACCUAUUUACUCCGUUCAGUGUGGGGCUUGUUUAUCUGUUGUACUGCUGCUUUGAGCGAGUUUGCAUCUUUAAACCUGUGACGAGCCGUCCUGCUAACUCAGAGAGGUAUGUGAUAUGCAAAGGAUUAAAGCUAGGGAUUGAUGAUGUGCGGGACUACCUCUUCACAGUGAACAUCAGACUCAACCAGCUGCGCAACUCGGACGUGGAUGUAAAUCUCGUUGUCCCAGUGAACGUGAUCAAAGGCGAUCAGGAUUUCUGUGAUUACAUUGUUCACUCUAAUGAAAAUCACUGCAAAGUUCAGAUCAAGGCACUAGCCAAAAUUCGUGCCUUUGUUCAAGACACGACGCUGAUUGAGCCACGACAGGCUGAAAUCCGAAAGGAGUGUCUCCAGCUAUGGGGGAUUCCUGAUCAGGCCCGUGUUGCUCCCUCAUCUUCAGAUCCCAAGUCCAAGUUCUUUGAGUUGAUCCAGGGCACAGAUAUUGAUAUCUUCAGUUACAAACCUACUCCUCUCAAUUCAAGUACACUGGAAAAGAUCCGCCAAGUGUUAGAUUACCGGUGUAUGGUGUCUGGAAGUGAACAGAAGUUCCUCUUGGGGCUAGGGAAAUCACAGAUCUACACCUGGGAUGGUCGCCAGUCAGAUCGCUGGACAAAGCUGGACUUGAAAACAGAGCUGCCACGAGAUACCCUUCUCUCUGUGGAGAUUGUUCAUGAACUGAAAGGAGAGGGGAAAGCGCAGCGAAAAAUCAGUGCCAUCCACAUCCUGGAUGUCUUGGUGCUGAAUGGCAAUGAUGUUCGAAACCAGCACUUCAACCAGAGGAUUCAACUUGCGGAGAAGUUUGUCAAAGCUGUUUCUAAACCUAGCCGGCCAGAUAUGAACCCCAUUCGAGUGAAGGAAGUGUACAGAUUGGAGGAGAUGGAGAAGAUUUUUGUGAGGUUAGAGAUGAAAGUCAUCAAGAGUUCAGGGGGAAUACCCCGGCUAUCCUACACGGGCCGAGAUGACCGGCACUUUGUGCCCACGGGACUCUACAUCGUACGGACUGUGAAUGAUCCCUGGACAAUGGCAUACAGCAAAAAAUCCAGGAGGAAAUUCUUCUUCAACAAGAUAACCAAGAAUUCAACAUAUGAUCUCCCUUCUGAAUCCAUUGCACCCUUUCAUGUCUGCCAUUACAGCCGCCUCUUCUGGGAGUGGGGGGAAGGUGUCAAAGUGCAUGACUCUCAGAAAAGGCAAGAUCCAGAGAAGCUAUCGAAGGAGGAUGUCCUGUCUUUCAUCCAAGCGCACUAUCCCUGACCCCUGCACUCAGGAGGGGUGUAGGGGGUUGCUGAGCCUCGCUUGGAUUCUUCAGGACUGGCUGGACUGGGGAGACUCCACACCUUCUACCCCUGGUCUUCUCCAGAGCUGAUUUCCUGGAGGUGAUCUAACCAGGGGGGUGGUAUGCAGAAGGCAUAGGACAAGGCUCUAGCCUGGGAUGGCAGGGUAUGUAAGUGUGUGGCUCAGGUAGUGCCUGCUGCAGGAGUACCCAUGGAGACUCCUGGAGCCAAGGCCUAAUGCUGUUUUGUCCUGACCUACUGCAUGCAUAAGGCCAAGGGGCUGGCAGCUUUCCUUGUUCUAUUCAAACAUUCAGCUAGGUUUGUGGAGCUCUGUGUGUGCCAGAACUUUCUGGAGGUGGCACGUGCUUCCUUGGCAGUGUGGGGAGGAGCAGAGGAUGGUGACAGAGCUGGGGAACAGCACAUUUAAGCAGCCCCACGAUGUUCUAGCACCUGUCUGUGUCCUUGGCCUUGUCAAGGGCCUUUGCUACCCAGUGGUGGGUAUAACUCAUUAGGGAACGCUAGCUGUGGGACACAAGUAUGUAUUCUUGCUGGUGUCUCCAGCACUUGUGCUGUCAAGGCACUUGGCUGACUGCUGACAAUUCCUAUGUGAUGGUAUCCUGGUGAACAAAAGCCACCCCAGGUGAUAAGAGGAGAGUUCCUGGCACAGUUUUGAUGUGUAGAGUGCCAGGGUUUUCUCAGAUCUCUAGAAGCUGCUGUGACAAGGAUUUCCCCUCUCUGGGUCCUUGACUGACCCUGAGCCACCAGCCUGAUGUUAAUUUGUGAACGUGUCUAUGCCUUGUGGUACUUCUGAGACCAAGGUGCUUUGAUUUUCUUGGUACUCAGUACUUGGUACUGUUACCCAUUUCUUCAGGGAGGAAAAGAGAUGUGGGAGGGAAGACACAGGAAGUUUGUGAUGCUGGAGGUCUUGAGAGGAAAUGAUGGGAACAUCUGACUUUAACAAAGACCCUGCGCUUUGAUGAAGUGAGAUCUUGACUUUGACCAUGUUGGUUAUUCAGAAGAAAUCCUAUUGCCUGAGUAUAUCCACUGGAAAGGAUAUUAGACUUUCCUUUUUAAAUGUCAGAGUGGUGUUUGAAACCCUCCAUGUCUGAUCUGACCCUGGAGCUGCAUCUGGAGUGUGAAGGCCCAGAGCUAUGACUCUCAGCAUGAUUGUGUGUCAACAGACUUCUCCAUGCACUUCUGUGCUGGGCUCAAAGUUGUCUUCUGUUGCAUGUUUUACCUUCACUUCUGGCUUCCAUGUGGCUUUUGCCAGGUCUUCCAUAUAAAUCAGAAGAUAACACACAGUUGACUGCUUUUGGCCAGACAGCAAAGUUGCUUUCUUUUUUCUUUUUCUUUUUUUUUUUUUUUUGGUCUUUAAACACAGGUUGGCAGUAGAGAGGAAACUUAUUUAGGGGUUGCCUGAACUGUGCCUUAAAGAAAACUAUAGUUCUCCCAGAAACUAUAGCAGUUGUUUAGAUUAUUAUUUCUUUCUCCCCAUUCUCAUAUGUAGGAUUUGAACAAGCUGUGUAUAAUGAGACAUGGAAAGUUUGGGUCUUGCAGGAGUACAGGUGCAUGGGUGCAUUGCACCCCUCACAAAGAGGCCAGAAUAAGGACAGAACAUUAUAAAGUCCCAUCUCCACUCUAAGGCCCAAUGUUGUGUGUAGGUUUUGUGCUGAAUCUCUGCACACACUGAAUGUCAUCCUGUCAAUGUGAGCGGGCUCUGCUCUCUGAGCCUGUAGCACUUCCAUGUCUUCACAAGCAAAUUGUGUCCAGGUACCUGUGCAUUAGUUCUCUACUGUUUGGCAUAAAUGAAUUUAGCUGCCACAGUUCCUUGUACUAAGGAAACUUGGAUACAGGCUUCAACACUGCAGAACCACAAACCCUGGCUAGGGGAGCAGCACAGAACCUGGUAUGGUCUGUUGGAGUAGGGAAGCUGGAGGAGGCAAAGCUGGGUGUUGAUGGGAGGUUAGGUUACAGAUAGGUAGCCCUGAAUAUUGUGCAGAAGAGCUAUUGUAUUUCUGUUCAAACUCCAGCCAAAAGUAGUGAAGUGGGCCAAAGUUUUUUGCUUCCCCCUCUCUCCCUUGAUAAUUAUUAAUCCCUAGACACAGGCAGGUCUGCCUGAGCAGUUGUGGGACUGUGCUGUUGCUGAACUGCAACCCUGUGUGCUCUUGAGGCCUGGUAAAACAUGAGAGAGAUUGUGGCCUUCCCCUCAGAGGACAAGACCCUGUCACUGGCAUUUUUAGCAAAGGCACUUCCAUGGGAGACAGGGAAGAACUUCUCCCAGUGGGCAAGAAAGCACUUCCAGCUGUGUGAUUUCCAGGCCUGUGUACAGUUGGCUUUUUAAAUCAGUAAUUUGAGUUUUGGCAUGUCUGCUGACUGCCUUGAGGCUGUUAUAAUGCCAGCAAAGCAAGCUGCUCCCUUUACCAGGCUCCUUUGCUAAAUGUUUUGUCCUUCACUCAGGUCUUUGGUCUCCCCUUUGGGCUGGCAGACAGGAGGGUAACUAGGGAGUACACCAUGGUAAGUGUGGACCUUGCAGGGCACAAAAGAAACCUGAUUUGCCUGCAGGCUAGCUUUUAUGAACAGAUGCUUCCUAUUUGCCCUGUUGUCUCUAGCUCCUCUUAAUUUUAAUUUGCUUUUAUUUUUAAUUUUAAUUUUAUUUUUUGAUGAACUGAACCUUAACUCUCAACUCCCUUUCAAGAAGGCAGCAUGAGCCACCAAGCUACUUGCUUCCCUGCUGCAGGUUGAAUAUGGAGGGAGCAUGCUGGGAAGGGGAAUGAGGAAGGUCGUGCUGAAGGGAAUGCUUACGUACAUUAAUUGCACAAUGUAUUGGCCCUGUAUCAUUUUGUGUUGACUUUUCUGCUUUCACUGUCUCUAUUAUCAAUACAGCCCCUUUAGUUCACAAA